AGGUUUGGUUGCGGUGGCAGAUGGGCUUGGUCGGUGACUGAGUAGCGGUGCUGCAGGCUUUGGACGGAGCGGCGGUUGCCCGGCGCGAGCCCUCCUCCUCCUCCCCCCCCCGCGCGGCCCCGGGGGUGAAAAUGGUGCCCUAGCAGCGCUGGGACCAUGUCGGAAGCGGCCCGGAGCCUCCUGCAGCGCUGGGGCGCCAGUUUCAGGAAAGGCACCGACUUCGACUCCUGGGGGCAGCUCGUGGAGGCGAUAGACGAGUAUCAGAUAUUAGCAAGGCAUCUACAGAAAGAGGCCCAGUCUCAACCCAACAACUCAGAAUUCACAGAAGAUCAAAAGAAAACCUUAGCAAAGAUCGCAACAUGUUUGGAACUCAGGAGUGCAGCUUUGCAGGGCCCUUUCAGGAAACAAGAGUCUACACAGUCCCAGGAAGGAUUUAAGCUAGAGGAUCUGAAGAAACUAGAACCAAUCUUAAAGAAUAUUCUUUCCUAUAAUAAAGAAUUCCCCUUUGAUGUUCAGCCUGUUCCGCCAAGGAAGAUCUUAGCACCUGGUGAAGAGGAAGAUUUGGAAUUUGAAGAAGAUGAGGAGGAGGGUGGAGCUGGAGCAGGAUCUCCAGACGCGUUUCCUGCCAGAAUUCCAGGCAUGGCUCCAUCGUGUAACCAUAUACUACAUAAUUCAUCUAACGCAGGAGCCAAUGAAGGUACAUUAUUACCCAGAUUGCCAUCUGAACCCGGGAUGACGUUGCUUACUAUCAAAAUAGAGAAAAUUGGUCUCAAAGAUGCUGGGCAGUGCAUCGAUCCCUAUAUCACAGUUAGUGUGAAAGAUUUGAAUGGGAUAGACUUGACCCCUGUGCAGGACACACCAGUUGCUUCAAGGAAGGAGGACACAUACGUUCAUUUUAAUGUGGACAUCGAGAUUCAGAAACAUGUUGAAAAAUUAACAAAAGGUGCAGCUAUUUUCUUUGAAUUUAAACACUAUAAGCCUAAGAAAAGGUUCACCAGCACCAAGUGCUUUGCCUUCAUGGAGAUGGAUGAAAUUAAACCUGGACCAAUUGUUAUAGAACUGUACAAAAAACCCACUGACUUCAAGAGGAAGAAACUCCAGUUGUUGACCAAGAAGCCACUUUAUCUUCACCUCCAUCAAACACUGCACAAAGAGUGACUUUUGUGAACUGAACCACUUGCCACAAAACCAUAGCAGCUGCCUUAUGUAGCACUCAUCCUUCAGGACGCAGGGGAAAUGGCUGCAUUUUACCCAGCAAGUCAAAUGGGACCAUCACCUGCCGCACAUCGAGUGGAUCAGCAGCCAAGCCCUGCCACCUAGGUGCAGUUUUCUUUGGAAUGUAUAUUUUUAUCACAGAUGUUCCAAAGCGUGUUGUGAUUUUUCCUAAUUGGGCUGGUUGUAAGAGUUCAGUUUUGUAAUUUGGUUUCUACACCCAUAUAAGAACACCCCAACUAAGGCGGUUGGGAAGUCCUCAUCCGCCAGACCUGAUACAGCAAUAAAGAUGUGCCAGUAUCAACAAAAUUA